GGUGGUGGAGGCGGUGGUGGUGGUGGUGGGGUGUUCGUUUCGUUUUGUAGCGCGCUGCAGUUAGUGACGAGGCGAGACACCCGUGGUGGGAAGGGCUGUGGGAAGGGCCGUGUGUAACUUGAACCGCAUCUCACCUCCUACGCGGUUGUCAGCUCCGCAGCACCCUCGAAGCUCUCUUCAUACGGCAGACCCGCGACAAAACGAGCCCGUCUACAUAUACCACUUGCAUCGGCGAUAGUUGAUCUCCAGAGCAUCUAAUACUCAUUACCACACAAGCGGACACCCACGAUUGGCUACACGAGCUCGCCUGCACCUCCGAAAGACCUACCAUGGACGAGACCGAAGCCAUCACCGUGCGGCUAUCCGAGCUGUUACGGCACCCGGAGGACCUCGACAAGAUAGCUGCGCUUCGCUCAGAUUUCAGUCGCAAGAAGGCACAUGUGGAUACGCAGUUAAAGUCGGGAUUGAAAAGCCAGCUCGAGGUUACAGAGGCGGGUAUCAAUGCCAUCAGUAAUGGCCAGAAGACGCUUAAUGGCAUCAAAGAGGAGAUGAUCCGGAUAGACAAGCUCUGUGCGGAGGCAGAGAAUAUGAUCUCGGAGUUCCCCCUGAUCAAUAAGAUAUCGAAAAUCCAUCGGAACUUUCUAGCAGUCGAAGAUAUCAAGUCGAAUCUUGCCAGUCUGCACGAUCAGCUGAGCAAUGUGGAUCGUAUGCUCGAACAGGACGAUGGCGAUGAGCUGACGAACCCGAUGCCGAAUCUCCUUCCCAUCCACUUCGCAUUGACCCAGCUGCAAGAUUUUCGGGACGAUGUAAUGGAACAGAGUGACAAGGUCGGCGACAACGACGUACGGAAAACAUUGGAGAGCUACUUCGCGCCGUUGGAUAAUACCAUCGAACUUUUUAACGAACGGAUCGGUCUCAUCGCGAUGAGCAUGGUAGACCUGGUCCGGGCCGAAAACCAGGGCUUGGUAGUGCGCCUGGCGAAGAUCAUAGAGGCGGAGGAGCGAGCAGACGAGAAAGUGCUGGCGCUGAAGGAGGCGCAAGAAUCGCACCAGCAUCUGACACAGAAGUUCAAGUCGAUAGCACGAGUGCCAAAGACUGCGCGAGGAUACAAGCAGAAGUUCCUGGACUGCAUCAGGGCCUCGGCCGAAGCGAAGUUCGAAAAUGCGAGAAACAAUUUCGAGGACGAUCCAGAUAUGCUCGGGCAGUGGAUGGAGUGGUACUUUGAUGACCUGUCACUGGUCAAGCAUGACUUUCCGAAGCUAUUCCCGCCGAAAUGGAGGAUCUUCCACACCAUACUGGACACCUACCAUAACCUAAUGCACGACUUCCUGAAGGAUCAUAUCGACCGGCCCGAUCUGGACGGUCAGAGUUUACUCAGCAUUAUCCUUUGGAACGGCGAGUACUCUCAGGGCAUGAAGAAGCUUGGUAUCAAGGCGGCGGAAAUGGUGCCUCACGUGAUAGACAACAAGGAGGCAGAUCUGCUCCGGGAGUACUCGCAGCUCAUCGCCAGCAAGAUGGAGGAAUGGAUGAACAACAUCAUGGAUGACGACACACGGGAAUUCGUGCAGCGGGAGAAUCAACCGACCGAACAGGACGGAAAGUGGCACAUGCCUAGUGUACCAACCAUGUUCACCAUGAUCAACCAGCAGCUCAACGUAGCUCUCGACAGUAACAAGGGCAACGUCGUGUCGAGCGUCAUCGACGAGUGCGUACGGCUCCUCAAGAACCGCCAAUCAAAGUGGGAGCAGGUCAUCAAGGACGAGAUCAGCAAGCACAUGCGUGCUGUUACCAAGGAGGAGCUGGAGGACCUCCCAGAUGGUAUCCUGGAGUACAUGAUCGCAGUAGCCAACGAUCAGCUCCGCUGCGCCGCCUACACGCAAGAAAUAUCGGACAGCAAAGCGCCCCUCCUCUCCAAGAAAUACGAAGACCGCGUGCGCGCCUCCCUCGACGAUGCAACCAACGGAUUCGUCGACUUAGCCACCUUCUGCAUGGGCCAACUAAUCGAAAUCAUCUUCAACGACCUCAAACCAAUCCGGAACACUCUCUUCACAGCCUCCUGGUACAGCGGUAACGAAAUGGAAACAAUGAUCACGACCAUCCGCAGCUACGUCGCCGACAUCGAAGGCGGCUUGGACGAAGAUCUCUUUGCCGCGUUCAUGCACCAGCUCUCGGAGCAGACCUGUAUCACCUACCUCUCCGGCGUGUACAACAAAGGCGCCAAAUUCCGGAUCGGCGAGGCGGUCUCUCAGAUCCGUGCCGACGUGGCGCUAGCCUACCGUUUCUUUACGGAGUUCAUCGAUUCGGGCGAGGUCCGCAGCGUGUGGACGGUGCUGGAACAGUUCCUGGCAAUGAUCUCGACGGAAAAGGACGCGCUCCCGGAGCGGUACGAGGACUUUAAGACUGCGUACUGGGACCUCCCGCUGAGCUGGGUCGAGGCGGUCGUCAAGUGCCGCGAGGACAAGACUAGGGACAUGCUCGAGGGCGUCAAGUCUAGGAAUGUCUACACCCCUAGAGGACAGGAGCCCACUAUCAUGUCGAGGUAUGCUAGGUUGCUCACUGCUUCCUGAGUGGGCUGUGGUCACUGACGAGUUGCGUGUGCGUGUGUGUAUGUGUGUGUGUAUGUGUGUGCAACACACACUCAAUUGAUCGUGUGUUCGUGUGUUCGUGUGUUCGUGUGUUCGUGUGUUCGUGUGUUCGUGUGUUCGUGUG